AUGACGAGCAUCUCUGACUUGAAGACUGAUGGUAUUGGAGGCCCGCUACAAGUUAGAAUCCUACGGAAAUGGAAACAUGAUGUCCGGCAAUACGAGACUUGGUAUCUUGCUGUCGAUAGGUUUGCAGAUGCCAUACAAAUUCUUAGACAGCGAACAAAUCAGAGCUACAUUGAGUCUGUCCUCCAUGUUUCACAGUGUUACACCAUAUCAGAUUAUAGCUGUCCUCAAUUAGAUAACUAUCAAAAAUUCCUUGAAAAUGAGUUCUAUAUCGAUGUUGGCCUCAAAUCCAUCAUACAACGAAUUCCAGAUACAAUAACAAUACCCAAAACCUGGUUUCGGUUCGUAUCAAAAUCACAUCUCAUAAACCUUGGAGAAAGACCACCAUAUUAUCCAGAUUACAUUGGCGUGUUAUCAAAGAUCAGAGACUGUACCAAAGCAAGCGGGGAAUCAUUUGUGUUGCUCAUACUAACCGAUGAAAGUGAACUUGCAAUCAAUCUAUGGAAAGAAUGUAUAACCAAUCCAGACAAAUUCAACCGCAACUCCUUACAUCCACCACCUGCGACAACGGUUGUUGCGGUCACGAACCUAAAACCAUCCAUAUACAAUGGAGUAUUACGCUAUGGUUCAUCACAUGCUACGCAUAUCUAUGCUUCAAUCAAAGAAUUUCACUAUCAAAACAGCUGGUUCCAAGCAAUAUGUCCAAUAUGCAAAGAUCCCAUCUUCAAAAGAGGUGAAAGCUGGUACUGCAGUGCACAUGGACUAAUCGAAAAGCCCACUUACAUGUACAAAUUAACAGUAACCAUCACUGAUGCUACAGACACGAUAUCAGCACUAAUAUCCGAGACAUCAUGUCGGAAACUGUUAAAGUCAUCACUUGAGAACUUUAUAUCCAACAACCCACACAUAAACAGAAACACCCUACCUCCUAUCAUCACUAACCACAAAGAACAAACAAAAAAGAUGUCGAUCCAAAUGCUUAGAGCAUCAAAUCCCGACAAUAUACGCUUCAUAAUAAUAGAUAUUGAAGACCCAACAACCAGGGCUCCAACAUCUGUGCCAGCAACACCAGCUCAACCACAAAUGACAAGAAUGCGACCAAGUGACACAACACCAGAGCCAUCAACACCUGUUCAACAUGUUGCACGUGCUCUCACCUACGAUCCCACAGAAUCUACACCAAGAAAAAAUGCAAAGCGGACAGCCAAACAGCAGACAUCAUAG